CUCCGUGAAUAAUACAUACACCUCUUGGACGAAGAAGAAUAAGAAAAAGAAAAAGAAGAUUCGCAGGUUUUUCUAUGGGGAUUGUGAGAACACGAUUGGCGAUAUCUGUUAUACUUGUUUCGACGUUGUUAUUGUCGAAUGCAGAAGCGAAAACCGUUGAUCCGUACAAGGUUCUUGGAGUAUCUCGGGAUGCAAAGCAGCGUGAAAUCCAGAAAGCUUUCCACAAGCUAUCUCUGAAAUAUCACCCAGAUAAAAACAAAAAUAAGGGUGCUCAGGAGAAGUUUGCUGAGAUUAAUAAUGCUUAUGAGAUCUUAUCUGAUGAAGAGAAGAGGAAAAACUAUGAUCUUUAUGGUGAUGAAAAGGGCCAGCCUGGAUUUGACCCGGGCUUUCACGGAGGUAACGGUGGGUAUUCAUACUCCUCAAAUGGUGGACAAAGUGGUGGGUUCAAUUUUGGAGGACCAGGUGGAUGGCAGAAUAUGGGUGGUGGAGGCGGUUCCAAAUCGUUUUCGUUCUCAUUUGGUGGAGGCGGUCCAAGUGCAAGUUCCUUCGGUUUUGGGAUGGAUGAUAUCUUUUCCAUGUUUUCUGGAGGUAGCUCUAAAGGAAGGGAUCAGUUUGGUGGAUUUGGUGGCUUUGGUGGCUCAUCCAAGGCUGAAUCUGGAUCAAAGAGUGGUACGGUGGCAACCAUUAGAACUAUAAAUCCUCAGGUUUAUAAGAAGGAAAUUGUGGACCAAGGGAUGACUUGGCUUGUGCUGUCGUAUCUUCCGUCUCAAAGGGGAACUCAGUACCAUGAUUCGAUCAUAGAGGAAGUUGCUGAGUCGUUGCAAGGAGCUUUAAAGGUUGGGCGUAUAAAUUGUGAAACAGAAUCCUCUCUUUGCAAACAACUUGGCAUAAUUCCUCGUAGGGCUCCAAGGUUGUUUGUUUAUUCAUACACAUCAAGUGGCAAAGCUACCUUAGCAGAAUAUACUGAAGAGCUUGUUGCAAAGAAGGUGAAAAGCUUCUGCCAGGAACAUCUACCGAGAUUCUCAAAAAGGAUUGACCUGGAUACCUUUGAUGUCUCUGCUCUUAGCUCACAGAAGACUCCUAAAGUUAUGCUUCUGUCAACAAAGAAAGACACUCCUGUCAUCUGGCGUGUUCUUAGUGGCUUGUACAAUGGACGCUUUGUCUUCUACAACACAGAGGUCCAUGAUACUUUUGAUCCGAAGAUUCGGGAAUUGGGGGUUGACGCGUUUCCAGCAAUACUUGGCUGGUUCUCGAAUGGGGAGAAGCAAGUGUUGAAAACAGGCAUCACUGUGAAAAAUCUGAAAUCAGCCGUCCAGGAAAUUGGUAAAUUGCUAGAAGGAUUUGAGAAAAAGAACAAGAAGGUCGCUUCUAAUAGUCAGUCGGGCCAAGCACAAAGCCAGCCAUUAGAAAAGAUACAUCUUCUCUCGAGAACAAAUUUCGAUUCCAUUUGCGGAGAGAAGACUCCUGUUUGUAUCAUCGGUGCCUUUAGAUCUUCACAUGGUAAAGAGAAGCUGCAGUCAAUAUUGUCCAAGGUGUCACAGAAAUCACUUUCUCGACGACAAGCUUCAGCCACUGGUUCUCAGGACACAGUUUCCUAUUCUCUUCUUGACGCGGCAAAACAAUCUUCGUUCUUGAGUUCACUUGACAAAUCAGAGAUGAAAACAUCUGAUAAGCUUCUUAUAGCUUACAAGCCUCGAAGGGGUAAGUUCGCUACGUUUAAAGGCGACAUGACUAUGGAGGAAGUCGAGAAAUUCGUAGCGGCUGUUCUAAACGGAGACAUACAGUUCACGAAGACUAGACAGAAACCUCAGCUCAAAUGAAAGCUCUGUUUCGUCAGGGGUUAGUUUCAGAGAUGUACACCCUUUUGUUGGGAAGAAUUUUCAUGUGUCCUGUGUUGCAAGCUACUUCUGGAGGUUCUUGUGCUUGCAGAGAAUGUGUAUUGUCUUGUGUCACAGAUACGUUAGUGAAAUAGUUUUAUAGGAAUAGAUUUACGUAAACAUGGAAUUGGGUUAAUUUGUAAUUAUAUUAUAAUUUUGUAAACCC